AUGCAAAUUUUAGAACUAGGUUUUGACAAUUUAAAUACUAUAAAUAAUGGUGCACCAACUUUAAUCAGUACAAUUGUCAGUUUCUAUUUUUCACAUGCAUCAAAUUUCGAUGAUGUAGAAAUUUUUAUUUUGGGUAGUAUUGAUAAAAUUAAAUUUAACAGAGAAAUUAUAUUUAAUCCUUUAAUUAGCACUACACCUAUUAUAGCACUUUCAAAUGACACAGUGACAAUUCAUAAACAAAUUCCAGGAGUCCAAUACUUCCCCUUAGAUUUGGAGUAUGCAAUUCCAUCAAGAAAUUUAAUUUUCUUACCAGCAACUGGCACUGAUUGCAUAUCGACUAUUAUGCCUGGAGAUAUUUUUCCUGAUGUUGAUGUCUGGGUUGUCGGUCUAGCAUUCAUUAAGAACGUAUUUUCAGUAUUUGAUGUUGAAAACAAAAAAGUUGGAUUUGCACGUA